CGUCACGCAGUUGUCUUGUCUGUCACAUCGCGAUAUUUUUGUGGCUCUUUUACGUUUAGGGUGUGUGCAUUCUUUAUGUGUUGUGCUACUUAUGUGGAAAAUUAGGUGAUAUUCUUCCUUUUCCCGGAUAGUGAUCCUAAACCGCCAAGAUGCCGAAAUCGAUGAACGUCCGCGUGACGACGAUGGACGCGGAGCUGGAGUUCGCGAUCCAGCAGACGACGACCGGCAAGCAGCUUUUCGACCAGGUGGUCAAGACCAUCGGCCUCCGCGAGGUCUGGUUCUUCGGCCUGCAGUAUACCGACUCCAAGGGAGAUCUGACCUGGAUCAAGCUGUAUAAGAAGGUGAUGCAACAGGACGUGAAGAAGGAGAACCCGCUGCAGUUCAAGUUCCGAGCCAAAUUCUACCCGGAAGAUGUCGCUGAUGAGCUCAUCCAGGAGAUCACGCUCAAGCUCUUCUACCUACAGGUGAAGAACGCCAUCCUGUCAGACGAGAUCUACUGCCCGCCGGAAACUUCCGUCCUGCUCGCUUCGUACGCUGUGCAAGCGAGACACGGCGACCACAACCCCGGCCUGCACGGGCCCGGGUUCCUCGCCAACGACCGCCUGUUGCCGCAGCGAGUCACCGACCAGCACAAGAUGUCCCGCGACGAAUGGGAACAAAGCAUAACCAACUGGUGGCAAGAGCACCGUGGCAUGCUCCGCGAGGACGCCAUGAUGGAAUACCUGAAGAUCGCACAGGACCUCGAGAUGUACGGAGUCAACUACUUCGAGAUCAGGAAUAAGAAGACCACGGAGCUGUGGCUCGGUGUGGACGCACUGGGGCUUAAUAUCUAUGAGAAGGACGACAAACUGACCCCAAAGAUCGGUUUCCCCUGGUCCGAAAUCCGCAACAUCUCAUUCAACGACCGCAAGUUCAUCAUCAAGCCCAUCGACAAGAAGGCGCCCGACUUCGUGUUCUUCGCGCCGCGCGUGCGCGUCAACAAGCGCAUCCUCGCGCUGUGUAUGGGCAACCACGAGCUGUACAUGCGCAGGCGCAAGCCCGACACUAUUGACGUGCAGCAGAUGAAGGCCCAGGCUAGAGAGGAGAAGCUCGCCAAACAGGCACAGAGAGAGAAACUCCAACUGGAGAUUGCGGCUCGCGAACGCGCGGAAAAGAAACAACAGGAAUAUGAGGACCGUCUCAAACACAUGCAGGAGGAGAUGGAGCGCUCACAGGCAAACCUGAUCGAAGCUCAGGACAUGAUCAGACGGCUAGAGGAACAGCUCCGUCAGCUGCAAGCUGCCAAGGAGGAGCUGGAGCAGCGGCAGAACGAGCUGCAAGCCAUGAUGACCCGCCUCGAGGAGACCAAGAACAUGGAAGCCGCGGAGCGCGCAAAGCUCGAAGAGGAGAUCCGCAACAAACAAGAAGAGGUUUCCCGCAUCCAGCAGGAGGUUGAGGAGAAGGACACUGAAACUCGCCGGCUGCAGGAGGAGGUUGAGGAGGCGCGCAGACAACAGGAGUCGGCGGCGGCGCUGCUGGCGGCGGCGGCGACGCCCUCGCACCACCACGUGGCGGAGGGCAAGGACGACGCGGGCUCGGACGGCGGCUCGGACGCGGGCGGCCAGGAGCUCGCCGGAGCACCUGAUGACCUGGUGGACCCCGUCGAGGACCGCCGCACGCUCGCCGAGCGGAACGAACGCCUGCACAGCCAGCUCAAGGCCCUGAAGCAAGACCUCGCCCAGUCCCGCGACGAGACGAAGGAGACCGCCAUGGACAAGAUCCACCGCGAGAACGUGCGCCAGGGCCGCGACAAGUACAAGACGCUGCGCGAGAUCCGCAAGGGCAACACCAAGCGUCGCGUCGACCAGUUCGAAAACAUGUAACCGCAGUACAGGAGACGAGACCGGCUCAAUGCGAUGACUGGGGGUUAUAUUUCACCGUGUCCGUAUUUGCAACACUUAGAACAGGGGUCGGAAUACUCGCGAGCCGCUUGCGGCUCUAUGUUUUCUUAGACUAUUGAAAACACCAUUUGCUCUUUGAGACUCCUAAAACAGCUCAUUUACUAUAUGGGUCUUCUCCCCAAAAGUUUGCCGACCCCUAACUUAGAACAUUGAAAUUUCCUGUGUCCAAAUUUGCAACACUUAAAACAUUGGGAUGUUGGAAGAUUUGCCGUGUCCACAUUUACGACACAUAAAACAUUGAAUGUUCAAAUGUCAAUAUUUUGCCAUGUCCAUAUUUACAACAAUUGAAACAUUGAAUGUUGGAAUUAGACCUUAUAUGUGAAAUAGUUCUUGUAUAUUGCGACUAAGAGCUGCCUUAUAUAAAAGACUAAUUUUUGUACGUGUGGUCGUCAUCUGUGAGAACUAUUUAUCAGUAUUGUAACCGACUUAUUAGGCAUAAAAACAUCAAAGUUGAAAGAAACAACAUUUAACAUUGUCAGUAAUGUCAUCACUUACUAAGAAAUUAAACUUAAGACUUCACUAUAACUUAUUGCGGUCAAUUUAUAUAAAGACAUCUAAAAUAAAUAUACAAUUUGUGCUACUAAAGCUCUAAUUUAGUACUUAUAUCCGAGUUUAACGGUUAAAUAUUAAAAAGCCCACCAGUCUACGGUUUGGACCAAGUUUUUUAAGCGUUUUAAACAUAUCCUAGUUAAGGACGGCCUAAGGGAGUCCGUCGGUAAAGCAGCGACAAUUCGCACUCGUAAUGCUGCCACUUGAGUAAAAUAUACACAAAUUAUUAAAAAAUGUCAGACAAUAAUCUGCCAAAAGUAUAGACAAAGUAUUUCCGACUAGACUAUAAUUAUUAAAUCAUUGUAUUUUCCAUUUUAUUUGCAAUCUAUCUCAAUUUAUUCAUCAAAUAAAUGUAUUUACAAUAACAAUUGUCUAUAAUUUUUGCAGAUACUAUUGUAUAGAACUAUUUGUAUGUAUGGUCCGUCGAAUGUAUUUUUAGAGAAUUUUAUUCUCGAUUUAUAAUUGUACGCAAUAAUAGUAUAUUGUAUGGUAAAGGUCAAAUUUUGUAUAAGAGGGCGCGGUCGAUUCGGAAAACUGAUCGUUUCCAAGUACAUAUUUUGGAUCUAAAUCCAAUGUAAUUAUUUUGAAAAAAUGCUGUUAGACCGUCGCUUAAAGAGGUAAGGUUGCAACCGUCCGAAUGGCCCUUAGAGUUUCGAACUUAUACCUUAAUCGUUAAAUCGCAAGAAAGGUGGGAAUUCUGUACACCUUUCAGCACGAACUCGCGACGUCAGUCGGGACUAUAUGUAAAUAUUGAUUAUUACUUAAUAGUAAUUUUAUUUUAGACCAUAAUGUGCUAUAACCGAAUAUGUAUACAAGAGGAAUCAUGUUUUAACCAUAUUUUAAAAAACAUUUACAAACGACCACGACGGCACACCGGCUUGUUUUAUUAUUAAUAAUUAUUUUUUAAAUAAUUCGGAUUUUAUUUCUAACUGAUAGAUGUAUGUUGGGAAUGUGAGUCAUGAUACUGUGCGUCGAGUUAUUCAGUAAUGUUUAUUUGUAUUAGGUAUGUUAUAGUUGCCUGUUGACUACUGUAGGGAUAGCGUAGGUAGAGGCCAGCGGCCGAACUUCCGUCCGAUACCUCGGUCGCUUUGUCCUGUUCUCUCACCAGGUGAGUGAGCGAGCUCGACCGAGGCGUGGGUAGCCGGUUCGGCAGCGGCCUUGCUCCGGGGAGAGAGACGGCGAUACAUUAAAGAAGGAUGCUCAAGCGUUGGAGCGGGCCGCGGGGCGCAUCUUAUUUAUUUUUAUAAUCAUUUAUAAUUAGCCGUAGGAGAUAUCGGUUCAAGUGUAAUUAUCGUAUCUAUUCUUUCUGUCCGAUCGCCUCGCGAUCUCUUGAACAAAAUUCGAAAAGCUUCAGUUUAGUAUGCUUUUAGGGAGCGUAUAUUUAAUUGUUAAGUGUAUAAAAGGCAUUCCAUAAGUUACAAUACGGUUGGCGUGAGUUGUUUCGAAAUUAUAUUAGCGAGCGUUCUGUGUUCUGUUUGAAGUGCCAUCCGUUGCAUGUUCCGAGUCUAAACGCCGUCAGAUCGCUGCGAUUGUCGCGCGACUGGCGGCACGGUUACGCUAAACUAUUUAUAUCUUGUCAUUAUUUUCUAAAAUUAUACAAUACCAUGUUGCCUUUCAACUACUGUGAAUUUUUUUCCAAUAAAACGAUUAAGUAAA